AUGCACCUAGAACACGUGGAGAAUCAGCAGUUCAUGAUCAGGGCAGUGGCAAGCUCAAGGCCACUCCCACGGCAUGAAGACUGGGCGAUUGCCACCAUCCACCUGAUCCCGGGUAAUGUCCUAAACUUCAAUGCAGUCAGUGAGGUACUAGAUGACUUAUUUGCGGAUGUGACAAGAGUUCAGACCCGUGUGAUUCAGCGUACCCAUCUCAGUCAAGCUCUUGUUCGGUUUGAGCGUGUGUAUGACAUGGAUAGUUUGAUUGCCAAUAGCCCACAUCAGUUUGACAAUGUCGCCAUCUCCUUUGUGUGGCACAAUCAAGGCCGCAACUAG